AUGACGGCGCCUGGACGCUCUUCCCUCUGCAGGGGGGCCCUCGGGGUCGUAGCCAGCAGAAGCGUGAAGAAAGAGCAGCAGCAGCAGCAGCAGCAGCCGCAGCAGCAGCAGCAGCAGCAGAAAGGCCUGCUGUGGGGUGCUGUCCUUCCCUCUGACCUCAAUCUCUCCCUGAGAGACCAAAUACUCAACAACUGCUGCUGCAUUUGCUUUCAGAGGGGCCCCUCGCUUGCUGCUGCUGCCGCUGCUGCUGAUGCUGCUGCUGAUGCUUCUGAUGCUGCAGCAGCUGCUGCUGCUGAUGAUAGAGGAGAAAAAGAUGCAGAUUUAAUUCGCUGCUUCUCUUGCGGCGCUGCUGCACAUGCUGCCUGCCUUGGGCUGUCUGACCAGACAGCAGCAGCAGCAGCAGCAGCAGCAGCAGCAGAAGCAACAGCAGCAGCAGCAGCAGAACCCGGGGGAAGUGAGGCUUCUGCAACUCCGCCGAAACGCCCAAGUAGUCCUUCCGCUGCAGCAGCAGCAGCAACAGCAGCAGCAGCAGCAACAGCAGCAGCAGAAGCAACAGCAGCUGCAGAAACAAAGGCGUUUCAAUGCGAGGCCUGCAAAGCAGCAUGUGCUGCCUCCAUGGACAGCAGCAGCAGCAGCAGCAGCAGCAGCAAAUGCCUGGAUUUUGCUGCCUCACGAGCAGCACAACGUUGUGUGCUCUGCAGCAGCAGCGGGGGUUUGCUGCAGCACUGGGGGAAGAAGGGUUUAGAGCGUAUGGUGCAUUGGGGCUGCAUGCAGUAUUCUAAUAUAGCAGCAGCAGCAGCAGCAACAGCAGCAGCAGCAGCAAAAGGAGGUGGUGCUGCAGCACGAGCUGCUACAGCUGACGGAACCUCUGCUGCUGCAUGCACCUGGAGAUACACCCCAACCCUCGACGAAGCGCUGCUGCUGGCUUGCUGCAGCGGCAGCUGCUGCUGCCUUUGCGGACGGGGCCCACAGACCUCCAACAGCAGCAGCAGCAACGGCAGCAGCAGCAGCAGCAACAGCAGCAGCGGGGGCUACCCAGCCCCUUGCAGCUACCCUGGUUGUUCGCUGCAUUUGCAUGCAACUUGUGCUGUUGCUCUGGGGGGAAGCGCGCAGCAGCGGCUGCUGCUGCCGCUGCAGCAGGACCCGCAGCAGCAGCAGCAAGCGGCAAUGCAGCUGCCUGCUGCCGUGAAGAACCGUACUGACGGUAGCAGCAGCAGCAGCAACAGCAGCGAGACAGAUUCCAUAUGCAGCAACUCCAGGGCGGAUCAGCGAAAGCAGCAGCAGCAGCAGCAGCAACAACAACAGCAGCAACAGCAGCAACAGCAAGUUUUCGUCUGGCGGGGGCUAUUCUGCCCGCAGCAUGCGCAUGCAGAUGCUGUUGCUGCUGCUGUUGAUGCUGCAGUACAACGACUGUAUGAACCGCCGCACGGGGCUCGCGCUGCAGCAGCAGCAGGAGCAGCAGCAGCAGCAAAGCAGCAACCUCCAGAAAAAAGAGAGGAAGCAACUGUUGAUACAUUGGUAGCUGCGCCUGCUGCAGCAGCAGCAGCAACUGCAGCAGCAACUGGUACUGCUGCAGUUGCUGCUCCCGGCUGCAGCUUCGAUAUAACAGCAGCAGCACCCCAAGGAACGAGUAGAACAAAGAUUGCUGCUGCUGCUGCUGCUGCUGAUGCUGCAGCAGCUGCUACGACACAUGCAGAUGGCAGCAACGCCAUAAAGCCUGGCGCCGCAGGUGCCGCAGCAGCAGAAGGUGCAGCAGCAGCAGGUGCAGCAGCAGCAGCAGCAGGUGCAGCAGGAGCGGCAGCAGGGCAUUCUGGAUCUCCGACGCCAGCAGCAGCAACAGCAGCAGCAGCAGCAGCAGCACAGGCUGCCGAUGCCGGAGAAGCAGCAAACACUAAUGUGCAUGCAGCAGCAGUUCGGGGUUUGUCUCUUCAGUGGUCGCGCUAUGAUUCUAGAUUUAGAAGGCUGGCAGUUGGGGUGUAUGCGCAGCAGCUGCAGCAGCAGCAGCAGCAGCAAAUAGGCACCGCAGCAGAUGCAGCAAAAGCAGCAGCAGAACCGAGACUGCUGCAGAGAAUUCUCCUCGACCCUAUGGAGCGUCGACCCAUCUCAGUCUCUGCUGCUGCUGCUGCUGCUGAUCCGGCUGAUGCAGGUGUAGCAGCAGCAGCAGCAGCAGCAGCAGCAGGAGAGGUACAGCUGAACUCACCCAUCGGCGGCAUCUCUGCUGCACCUUCAGCAACAGCAGCAGCAACAGCAGCAGCAAGCAAAACGCCAAACUAUCGCUUGCUCGGUGGGGACAGCAGCAGCAGCAGCAGCAGCAGCAGCAACGCCAUCUUGAAGUUGCCUGGGGCUGCAGCAGCGCAGCAGCAACACGCCGCAGCAGCAACAGCAGCACCCCUAGGGAUUCAGCUGCUGCUGCAUGCAGCACUUCCUCCUGCAGCAGAAUGCCGUGCGCUGCAGCGACUUGCUGCUGCUUACUGUGGGACGUCUAGCGGUGCAGCAGCAGCAGCAGCAGCAGCAACAGCAGCAGCACCUGCUGCUGCUUCCAAAGUCGAGCUGCUGGUGCCGCCGCAGAUGCAGCGGCUGCUGGAGACAAUAGAGACUUCAUUAGCUUCUCGUGCUGCUGCUGCUGCGAUGCAGUCUCCCCUUGCUCUACCUUCGGCAGCAGCAGCAGCAGCACCUGAAUCAGCAGCAGCAGCAGCAGAAGCAACAGCAGCAGACGAGGCUCUAGGAGACGCCGACGCAGCAACGCCAUCAGCAGCAAAAUCAACAAAACUGCGGAAGAGGAAGCUUCCGGCUGUAUCUGCAGCUCCCAGCAGCAGCAGCAGCAGCAGCAGCAGCAGCAGCUCGACUCCUGCUGAUGCUGCUGGUGCUCGCAGCAGCAAACGGCGCCGCCAACCUCCGAGCCUGGAGGGUGAAGAGCAACAGCAGGAGCAGCAGGAGCAGCAGCAGAGUGCAGCAGCAGCUGGAACUGCAGCAGGAGCAGCAACACCUGUAGCAGCAGCAGCAGCUGCUGCUGCAGAACCUGCAGCAGAAGAGGAGAACUUCGUUGUGCUGCUUGAUUGGGGUGUAUCUCAGGGAGCAGCGACAGUGCGUCGCCGCAAGGCAGCAGCAGCAGGGACAGCAGCAGCAGCAGCAGAAACAGCAGCAGCAGCAGCACGGGUGGCUGAAGAAAGACAGAUGCUGUCGGCGUAUGCAGCAGCAGCAGCAGCAACAAAGGAGUCUCCUGAGCUGCAUGCAGUAUUAGCAACAUAUGACGCGCUGCUCCGCAAAGACGAGGCCAAGCUGCAGCAGCAGCAGCUGUUGCUGCAGCAGCAGCAGCAGCAGAAGGACGGAGUUGCUGGCGAAGACGCAGCGGAAGCAGCACCAGGCACCGCUGCUGCUGCUGCUGCUGCUGCUGCUGCUGAGGAUUCAUGGGAGGUGGAGGUGGGGCGGGUUGAACUGCUGGGCAAAUACACCGCAGCGUUUCUUAAACGAAGAGUUGCUGCCUUCCGCUCUCACAGCAGCAGCAGCAGCAGCAGCAGCAGCAGGACGGGUCCCGCGGUGUAUGUGGAUUUUAUGGGGAUGAAGACAGUUAAGGACCUCCUUGCUGCUGACGGCCAAACAGAGAGCAGCGAGCAGCAGCAGCAGCAGCAGAAGGGGAUGUCGGUAGAGCAGCAGAUGCAGCAGCAGCAGCAGCAGCAGCAGCAGGUAUCUGCAUCGCCUGCGGCAUCUCCCAGAGCAGCAGAGGCAGCCCUAUCGUCCCCUGCAGCAGCACCGGAAUCAGGUCCACCCGCAGCAGCAGCAGCAGCAGCAGCAGCAGCAGCACCUGCUGCUUCUGCUGCUGCUGCUGCUGCAGCACCUGCAUGUACACCUGGGGCGGGUGUCAGCAGCCGCUCAGGGCCCUCCGCGUUAUCUGCUGCUGCCUCACCAAGAUCCUUGUCUUCGCCAGUGGGGUGCAGCAGCAGCAAAGCAGCAGCAGCAGGAGCAGCAGCAGCGCCUGAGGCCUUUGCUGCUGCAGGUGCUGCUGCUACGGGUAGCAAGGAGACGGUGCAGCUGGGAGGUUUGCUGCUGCUGUCUCCCGCAGUAGCCUCUGCUGCUGCUUCUGCUGCAGCAACAGCAGCAGCAGCAGCAGAAGAGGAAGAGCACGAAGCAUCAGCAGGCGCAGCAGCCAGCGAAGCAGCAACAACAACAGCAGCAGCAGCAGGAUCAGGAGCAGCAGCAACUCUGCAUGCAUCGCUGCUGCCUGUUAAUGGCUGCAGCAAUCUUGUGGGGUGGAAUUAUGCUGCUACGGCGUGGGGUGCUUUGCUGCUGCAGCAGCAGCUGUCUGUACACCGUAGGCUGCUGCUGGAUCAUCUGGAGCAGCAGUGCUUGCUGACUCCUUUGCGUCUGAGUGAGAAGACAGCAGCAGAGACAGGCCUCCUGCUACGUUAUUUUGCUGCAGCACGAUGGGGAUACUUAAUUGAGUGUCUCCUCAAGGGACACAGGGAUUUCUGCUGUCUCUUCUGCACUGGAGACUGCUCCCCAUCCAAACCCUGCAGCAGCAGCAGCAGCAGCAGCAGCAGUGGCGGCGGCAGCAGCAGCAGCAGCAGCAGCAGCAACUCGGGAGGGCAAGCAGCAGCAACAGCAAACGCCGCAAGGGCAGGAGGAAGCACAAAGCGCGUCGGUCAGCAGCCUUCUGCUGCAGGGACAGCAGCAGCAGCAGCAACAGCAGCAGCAGGAACUGCUGCUGCUGCAGACAGUAGGCGAUGCGGAGCCUCUGCAUCCGACAGCCGCGGCAGCAGCAGCAGCAGCAGCAACAGCAGCAGCAGCAGCAGCAGCAGCAGCAGCGAGCGGGGUGGGGACGCUGACGGCUUAGGAGACAGCGGGAAGGGAGGGGCCCUGAAGCAAGCGCUAUCUCUGCGUCGCUCUCGCCAGCAGCAGCAGCAGCAGCAGCAGCAGCAACAGCAGCAGCAGCAGCAGCAGCAGCAGUGGGAUGCAGAAGAAGCAGCAAAGAGCGACAGCGUGGAGAUGAUUCACCUGCACCAGAGACCCUUCUCCCUUGCAGACCAGCAGCAGCAGCAGCAGCAGCAGCAGCAGGUGUUGCUGCAGCAAAGAGCAGGGUCUGUGGUGGAUCUCGACGAAGAGGGAUCAUCGCCUGCAGCAGAAGGGGAAGGGUCUGAAGAUAGAGCAGCAGCAAUCAGCAGCAGCAGCAGCAGCAGCAGCAGCAGCAGCAUACAGCGCAUAGGUCUUACAGAUGAUGUGCUGCUGCAGCAACUCGUCGUGGAGGCCUUCUGCCCGCAGCACACUCCAGCUUAUGCUGCGAAGAGGCAGCAGGCGCAGCAGCAGAAGAUAAGAUAUGAAAGGGCUUUGCUUGCUGGGGGUAUUUCUUUAAGUAGACCUCCAUACGGAGCUGCUGCUUCAGAUCAGCCUGCUGCUGCUGCUGCUGCUGCUGCUGCUGCUGCGCCGCCCGAGGCUGCAGCAGCCAGCAGCGCGAAACGCAGCGGCAGCAGCAGCGGCAGCAGCAGCAGCAGCAGCAGCAGCAAGAUCAAACCCUCCAGCACGAGCAGCAGCAGCUGCAAGCAGCGCAUCUUAAAGGCAGACGGAGCACUGCCAGAUGCAGCAGCAGCAGCAGCAGCACCGGCAGCAGAAGCAGCUUCAGCCGUGAAGGAGACAACUGCAGCAGCAGCAGCAACAGAUGAACCCCCUAUCUCCGCGGACAUCUAUGCUGAUGACGCCUGUGCUGUCUGCUUGCGCGAGGCGAGCGAGGGUUUGGCUUUAGUGAGAUGUGUGGGGUGUGGGGUGUAUGUGCACCUGGAGUGCUACGGAGGGUUUUCUUUAGGAGACGGAACGGGAGGAGACGAUCCCCGCCGCCUCCUGUGCGAUCCCUGUCUGUGGGGUCUUAACCCUAAGGAGGUUCGUUGUGUGUUAUGUCCUCGACGUGGAGGGGCUUUGAAGACAGUACAGCCGUUUGCUGCGAGUGCUGCUUUCUGGAGAGCAGCACAAGAUUUUAGGGUGUAUCAGCAGCAGCAGCAGCAGCAGCAACAGCAACAGCAGCAGGGGACAUCGAAGGUUGCUGCAGCAGCAGCAGCUGCUGCUGCUGCUGCUGGUGCUGCUCUUGGCUGGAGAUCUGGAGGCUGCUUUACUCCUUCAUUCGUUCAUUCGUUUUGCGUUUUACUGUCUCCUUCACCACCAGUAAAAGUUGUGCAUACACCUGAGAUGUCUCCUGUGUGGGGUUGCGAUCUCCUUGCUGCUGCUCUAGGCGUCCUUGAUGCCCAUGAUGCUGCUGUUGCUGCUGCUGCUGCUGCAGCAACAGCAAAUCCAACAACUGCUCCUGCUGCUGCUACUCAACGUCUUGCUGCUAAUGCAGACAAAGCUGCCGCUCUUGCAAGAUGCAGCAGCAGCAGCAGCAGCAGCAGCAGGAAUGAGUGCUGCAUAUGCAGACGACGCGGAGGGCUUAUGUAUCGUUGCUGCUGCCGUGUGCUUCCAGGAGCAGCAGCAACAGCAGCAGGAGCAGAAGCAGGAGCAGCAGCAGCAGCAGCAGGAGGCACACGGUCGGCAGCAGCAGCAGCAGCAUCAUCAUGGGUGCGACAGCUGGCAGAUUUGAUGCCUGCUGCUUCUGCUGCUGCUGCUUCUGCUGCUGCUGAGCAGUUAGAAACAGAUGCUGCAGCAGCAGCGAGAGAAGCAGCAGCAGCAGAAAGAGACAGUCUCUACUGCAGCAAACGCAUGCACCCUCUCUGUGCGCUGCUGUGCGGAGCACGGGUUGUCUUUCCUAGCUGCUGCCCCCCUGCUGCUGCUGCUCCUGCUGCUGCAUCUGCUGCUGCAAGCACUCCGGCUGAGCCUCUCUUCUUCUGUAUAGAGCACUCGAAGCUAUUCAAUAAGAUUAAUCCCCAGGAGCAGCAAAUACUUCAUGUGUAUCGUCAGCUGCAACAGCGGCUGCUGCUGAUGCAAGAGAGGCAUAAGAUAGAGAAUUCAAAGCUUCAGCUGCUUCGGCAAGCACAUUCUCUGAGCCUUCAGCUAGAGAGUGCUUCUGCUGCUGCUGCUGCUGUAGAUGGACAGCAGCAGCAGCAGCAGCAAGUGCAGCUCAUGCAGCAGCUGCUGCGUCGUUUCGCCGGUCAGGAAGCACCCCAGAACAUACAGAAUUUGCUGCCGCUGCAGCAGCAACAGCAGCAGACCUGUAAUGGGGCAGAUCAGCAGCAGCAGCAGCUGCUGCAGCUGCAGCAAAUGCUGGCUGCGCCGGGUGUGCAGCAGCAACACCAGCAGCACAUGCUGCAUCAGCAGCAGCAAAUGUUCAUGCACCAGCAGCAUCAGCAGCAGCAAUUGAUGAUGAGCCACGCCGUGGAGCAGCAUUUGCAGCAGCAGCCAAAGCUGCUGCAGUACCCAGCCAGGCAGCAGCAGCAACACCAACAGCAGCAGCAGCAGCAGCAGCAGCAGCAGCAGCAGCAGCAGGCAAAAGCUUCUCGCCCCAAACCAAAGAAAGACGCAAGACGCCCUCCUCGUAAACAAACAAAAGAGCCUAUGCAGGUGGACCAGCAGCAGCAGCAGCAACAACAACAACCUCAGCAGCAGCAGCAACAGCAACAACAGCAGGAGCAGCAGCAGCAGCAGCAGCAGCCGGAGCAUCCUGUGCUGCAGCAACAGCAGCAACUGGGAGCGUCCCCCCCAGAGCAGCAGCAGCUACAGUGUAUUGACAGCACACAGGGGUCAGAAGCGCAUCAGGACCAGCAGCAACAGCAGCAGCAACAACAGCAACAGCAGCAGCAGCAACAGCAGCACCACCAAACAACUGCUGCUGCAGCUACGGUGCCGGUGCUGCUAAACAGUGCCCACUUAGGCAUGUGA